UUCCGUUCUCGGUCGCUAAUUCUGCUCGGUCGUGAUUUCGCUGUUAUCGGGGGCAUUUUUUCAGCACGUGAAAAUUAAAACCAUAAACGGCAUUGGAGUAUAAAUUAGCAAUAUAUUUAGGCGACAUUGACACCUUUCUAAUCAUAGUAAAAUACAAAGGAGUCAACCGAAAAACCAUUUUGUAAAAUAAUUGUGUUUAACAUAAAUAUUGAAACGUCAAAAGUUUUACGAAAGUUUUAAAAGCAAAAAUGCCUUCUGAUGCUAAGAAACGCGAUGCGCAGCGUAAAAAGGACGCACGCAAUAAGAAAAUCCAGCAAAUAUCAUCGUCGAAGAAGCCAAAUCAAAACGGCACCAACGGCACACCGGAGCGUGAAUUGACCGAGGAGGAGAAACUGUGCGCCAAGCUGGAGGAGGAGGCACGCAUCAGUGCCGAAGCGCGCUCUUGCACCGGCUCACUGGCCGUACAUCCACGUUCGCGUGAUGUGAAAAUCGCCAAUUUUUCCAUCACAUUCUUCGGCGCCGAACUACUACAGGACACAAUGUUGGAGUUGAAUUGUGGGCGUCGUUAUGGUGUGAUUGGCCUGAAUGGCUGUGGCAAGUCAUCAUUGUUGGCUUGUUUGGGUAACCGUGAGGUGCCAAUACCCGAACACAUUGAUAUUUUCCAUUUAACGCGCGAAAUACCAGCGUCCACCAAAACUGCGUUGCAGUGUGUCAUGGAAGUCGAUGAGGAGCGUAUCAAAUUGGAGAAAUUAGCCGAAGAGCUCGCUAUGAGCGACGAAGAUGAUGCGCAGGAUCAGCUGAUUGAUAUCUAUGAACGGUUAGAUGAUAUGUCGGCCGAUCAGGCUGAAGCGAAAGCGGCGCGCAUUCUACACGGUCUCGGUUUCGACAAGGAAAUGCAACAGAAACAGGCCAAGGAUUUCUCUGGUGGUUGGCGUAUGCGUAUCGCGCUUGCUCGUGCGCUUUUCGUCAAACCGCAUCUGCUGCUGCUCGAUGAACCGACCAAUCACUUGGAUUUGGAUGCUUGUGUGUGGCUCGAGGAGGAAUUGAAGGAGUAUAAGCGUAUUCUCGUGCUCAUUUCACAUUCACAAGAUUUCCUCAACGGUGUUUGCACCAACAUCAUACACUUGACCAACAAGCGCCUAAAAUACUACACUGGUAAUUAUGAGGCAUUCGUGCGUACACGCAUGGAACUGCUGGAGAACCAAAUGAAACAGUACAACUGGGAACAGGAUCAAAUCGCACACAUGAAGAACUACAUUGCGCGUUUUGGUCACGGUUCCGCUAAGUUGGCGCGUCAGGCACAAUCUAAGGAGAAGACGCUGGCCAAGAUGGUGGCGCAGGGAUUAACUGAAAAGGUGACCGAUGACAAAGUGUUGAAUUUCUAUUUCCCCUCUUGCGGCACUGUGCCACCACCAGUGAUUAUGGUGCAGAAUGUCAGUUUCCGCUACAACGAUACCACGCCGUGGAUCUACAAGAAUUUGGAAUUCGGCAUAGAUUUGGACACAAGAUUGGCUUUGGUGGGACCUAACGGUGCGGGCAAAUCCACACUGCUCAAACUCUUGUAUGGUGAUUUGGUGCCCACUUCCGGCAUGAUACGCAAAAAUUCACAUUUACGUAUUGCGCGCUAUCAUCAGCAUUUGCAUGAAUUGCUCGAUUUGGACGCCAGUCCGCUGGAGUAUAUGAUGCGUGAAUUCCCCGAUGUAAAGGAGAAGGAAGAGAUGCGUAAGAUCAUUGGCCGUUACGGUUUGACUGGGCGUCAACAAGUGUGUCCCAUCCGACAGCUGUCCGAUGGUCAGCGUUGUCGUGUUGUAUUCGCUUGGUUGGCCUGGCAGGUGCCACAUCUGCUGCUGCUUGAUGAACCUACCAAUCACUUGGAUAUGGAAACUAUCGAUGCGCUGGCUGAUGCCAUCAACGAUUUCGACGGCGGCAUGGUGUUGGUUAGUCACGAUUUCCGACUGAUCAAUCAGGUUGCCGAAGAGAUUUGGGUGUGUGAGAAUGAAACUGUCACGAAAUGGAAGGGUAACAUUUUGGACUACAAGGACCAUUUGAAAAAUAAAAUUACUAAUGAAAACGAGCGAAAGAAGAAAUAAAGCACGUAUACACACACACAAAAGCAAAUAUAAUAUUACAACAAUUUUAAAUAGUAGGCCAAGCGAAUUUCUGUUUAUUUAAAAAUUAAAAAAUUACAAAACAUAAGUAUAUAUUAAAUGAUGUAGCUAAAAGGCGAAAGCAGUAUCCCCCCUGUAUGUGAACAACACAAAAAAAAUAA